ACAAAUCGUCUAUUAGCGUCAUUUCGUCCUCCAUCAAGUCCAGCUCGACAUGAACUUUAUGAAUUAGUUACACGACCAGUUGAAGAUUCGGAUCAAUCAUUUAUUGUUUCUCUUCAAUUAAUUCAAACAUUUAUUGGUUCAAGUGUCAAUAUUGUUUUGUCUCGGUCUAAAAUCAUUCAUAAAAAUUUCGAAACUUACAUUGUCGCAUCAAACAAUGGAGCACACGGUAUUGAGCUAUGGAAUAUUCGACAAUCACCAGAAACGCCUUCAUUUAAAGUUCCUACUCAAUGUGAUAUAGUUGAUGUAUGUUUAACUCGGCAACAUUUAUGUACAUUAAGCGAUAAUCAAGUUCGUUUGUAUAAAUGGACAUAA